UCUCUCUCUCACUCACUCUCUUGGAAAAGUUGUGUGAGCGUGGUGCUAUUUCGGGCGGCUGUCACGCUGGCCGGUUGAUUCCUGUCAGGACUCCCCCUCCACGGCUUCUCCGCUUCUUCAGCACUUUCACCACGAAGAGCUACUAACCUCCAACUGAUUCGGCUCUCACCGAGACCUACAGCCUCGUUUGCGUCUGUGGGACCGAUUUAGCUGGAUAAACAGUGAGGAAAUAUCUCGGGAGGGUUGGGAGCAGAGGCGAGUGAGCUAAAUUAAUCCAGUGGCAGGAAUAACAUAAAUAUGGGGGACGGCCAAGUGAGGACGGAAAUGUCUGAAUCGAUGGAGGAAUCUCAGUCCAGCGGAGCGGACAAAAUCGACAUGUCACUAGACGAUAUCAUCAAGUUGAAUAAAAAAGAACAGAAAGCAAACAGAGCUGCGUUCAGGGCGAGAAACAAACGUGCUGCAAACAAGAAUAACGUCCUGAAGAAGCUGAGCCAGGCGCCACAGACGCGGAGAGGGAUCAGACGAGGGACUCUGCAGUACCAGGGUCCCAGCAGGUCACGUGGACUGAACAGAGCCAGAGGUUUGAGCAGGAGAGGGUCACUGAGAGGCAGCGGCCUGAGCCCUCUAAAUAGAGCUUCUGCCAGUACAGCGACACCAGAGCAGCUGGGUCAAAAUACAGCGCCACAAAGAGGUGCGUUUCGAGGGAGAGGAAGAGGAAGAGGAAGAGGAGGUUUAAACAGGGGUGCUUUUUCAGCAAGAGGUCAACGAGCUCCCCAGAGAGGUGGCAGGGCAUUUACAUUAGACAGAGGGUUUGUAGCUACGAGAGGAGCUGGCAAAUUGGAAAGGUAUCAGAAAAUAAGGAGUCGGACAACAGCGUCCUCUUCUGGGACAACACUGACAGUGUCGCUGCCCAAUGCAAAAUCAGCAGCUGCAGCUCCGCCUAAACGUGGUGGCGCAAUGCUAAGAGGCAGGUCAUCUGAAGAUGCAGGCAGCGCCACACCCAAAGGCAUCCAACUCCGUUUUAAUUACAAAGCCACGACAAACCAGACUGGAUUAUCACUGCAUGAUCGUUUUACAAGCCUGAGGAUCAGAGGGCGUGGUCGGAGAGCAGAGAGGGGAAGUGGGAGGGGGCGAGGAAGAGGACAGAUUAGAGGAAGAGGAAGAGGAGGAGAAAGAGGAAGAGGAGAAAGAGGAAGGGGCAUGCUAAGAGGUGGGAUGGCCACAGCACAAGGAGGAAGAGGCAGAGGUGGAAGAGGAAGGGCAGCAGCACGGGGAGCAGGCCGAAUGGUCAUUCUUCAGUGAUUCUCACAACAUGGGCUGCCAUGGAUAAAAACUCGCGCCAAUGCAUUAAUAUUUCAUUAAAUACAAAAGUUAUAGGUUGUAGGAAAGCUCCUCAAGUGGAGCAUAGAUGUAUUUACCAUCACUUUCUAAUGGUUUAAUCAUUCUAUUUCUGUACCAUCGACAUCAUUUGAAUUUGAAAUUGUGAUGGGUCUGGAAAAGCAUUUUUAAAAUCACCAACGAGAUGCUGUAAUGAAAUGUUUGUCAGUACCUUUAAUGUCAUUUUUCAAUGAAUAAAUGUUGAGAAUUUGACAUAUUUUAAAACUAUUUAUACUUACAAAUGAAUGUUUUUAGAAUUGAAUACACCUCAAAAUACAAUGAAGUGCCUCAAAAUAUAUUGUAAAUAUAUUUUUAUUUGUUUACAUGAUUUGCAUUUGAAUAUUUCCAGUAAGACAAAAGUGUUUUUAGAGUAUUUCAAAUGUACAUAAACUGAACUGUAUGACUUAAAGUGAUGUCAACAAACCCAAUUAAAGUCAACUAUUUUGAAAAAU